CUGUGGGUGGGCUGAGUGAUCACUGACGAGAGAGUCUUGAGAACACGGUAAUCAGAUCCGUCGCCCCAACUUGAAGUGUGUAGUGUAAAUACGAGGUCAGGCCGCGUCUCUGGUGCCGCCGCCGACGGCUUCUCCAGCGCCGAAAACAGCCCACAUCGUCACUAAUUAACCUUAGCUGUAUUCUUCCACAUCCGUCCACUUUGAUUCCCGAUCCUCUUUCUCUUGUCUGUGUAGACUACUUGUCCAUUCUCUCCUGCAUUCAGCCCUCUCUCGCCAGAUAUUCCCUUGCUUCUACGAUCUAGGCAUUUUGUCAUCCUUACCUGGACCUGUCCAGAGACAUCCUUGAGCAUUGGGCGCACUUGCCCCAGCAAUAACACCAUGGCUCAACUCGAUACUCUCGAUCUGAUCGUGCUCGUCGUCCUGGCACUUGCAACUGUCGCCUACUUCACCAAAGGAACAUAUUGGGGUGUGCAGCAAGAUCCAUAUGCCAGCUCCUUCGCCAACGGCAAUGGCGCCAAGGCCGGGAAGUCGCGAGAUAUCAUUGAGAAGAUGGAGGAGUCGGACAAGAACUGCGUCGUAUUCUACGGCUCGCAGACUGGCACAGCCGAGGACUAUGCCUCGAGGCUUUCGAAAGAGGGUUACCAGCGCUUCGGCUUGAGAACCAUGGUUGCUGAUCUCGAGGAUUACGACUUUGAGAACCUCGACAAGUUCCCCGAGGACAAACUCGCAAUCUUCGUUCUGGCUACCUACGGAGAGGGUGAGCCUACUGACAAUGCCGUCGAGUUCUACGAAUUCAUCAACGGCGAGGACCCCUCUUUCAGCGAGGCCGAAGGUGAUACCCCUCUCAAGAAUCUGAAGUAUGUUGCCUUUGGUCUUGGCAACAACACAUACGAACACUACAACUCCAUGGUCCGCAAUGUCAACAAAGCUCUCGAAAAGCUGGGCGCUACAAGAAUUGGUGAAGCUGGCGAAGGUGAUGAUGGCGCUGGCACCAUGGAAGAAGAUUUCCUCGCCUGGAAGGAGCCUAUGUGGUCAGCUCUGUCUGAGAAACUCGGGCUCGAAGAGCGUGAGGCAGUUUAUGAGGCAGUAUUUGAUGUUCAGGAGAAAGCCGACAUUGAUGCGAAUGCCGACCACGUUUAUCUAGGAGAGCCCAACAAAAACCAUCUUGAGGGUCAAUCGAAGGGUCCUUACGGCGCGAACAAUCCUUACAUCGCACCAAUCUCCGAAUCUAAGGAGCUGUUCAAAGCGAAGGACCGAAAUUGUUUACAUAUGGAAAUCGACAUCGCUGGCUCCAACCUCUCAUACACCACUGGCGACCAUGUUGCGAUCUGGCCUACAAAUUCUGGAAAGGAGGUCGACAGAUUCCUCAGCAUCAUCGAUCUAGAUGUGGAUAGACGUCACACAGUCAUUGCUGUCAAAGCCCUCGAUCCAACCGCCAAGGUACCAUUUCCAUCACCGACAACAUACGAAGCUGUUGUGCGCUAUCACAUGGAAAUCUGCGCCCCCGUUUCUCGUCAGUUCGUAGCCGCUCUCGCCCAGUUCGCACCAAAUGACGACGUCAAGGCCGAGGUCACAAAGUUGGGCGAAGACAAGGACUACUUCAACGCGCAGGUCUCCAAGCUGCACCUCAACAUCGCGCAGCUCCUCGAAAUUCUAUCCAAGGGUGAGAAGUGGACCAAGGUCCCUUUUUCGUUCUUCAUUGAAGGUAUCCACAAGAUCCAACCACGAUACUAUUCUAUUUCUUCCUCGUCCCUCGUUCAAAAGGACAAGAUAUCAAUCACAGCCGUAGUGGAAUCCUCUUCAGCCCCCAACGCACCUCAUGUAUUGAAGGGAGUAACUACCAACUACCUCUUGGCCCUCAAGGAGAAGCAACAUGGUGUCGAAAAUCCCGAGGUCAACGGUCUCAAUUACGCAAUUACCGGCCCGAGGAACAAGUACGACGGCAUACACGUCCCAGUCCAUGUGCGCCACUCGAAUUUCAAGCUCCCCUCAGAUCCCUCGAAACCCAUCAUCAUGGUUGGUCCUGGUACCGGUGUCGCGCCUUUCCGCGGCUUCGUGCAGGAACGUGCUGCACUUGCAAAGAAGGGUGAGAAAGUUGGGAAGACACUCCUCUUCUUCGGCUGCCGCAAAAAGGCUGAGGACUUCAUGUACGAAGACGAGUGGAAGCAAUACGCCGCCGAUCUUGGCGACUCCUUUGAGAUGCACACUGCCUUCUCACGAGACGGCCCUGAGAAAGUCUAUGUACAGCAUAAGAUUAAAGCAGUCGCAAAAGAAAUUAACGAGCUGCUACAACAAAAGGCUUACUUUUAUGUGUGUGGUGACGCCGCAGUUAUGGCGCGCGAGGUCAAUCAGCUCCUCGGCAAGAUCAUUUCUGAACAACGUGGGAUUCCGGAGCAGAAGGGUGAAGACGCUGUCAAGGCAAUGCGUGCGAGCAACCAGUAUCAAGAAGAUGUAUGGUCAUGAGCGCGGCUUCAAUGAGUCCGUGAAACUAACACACAGAUUUUUGGAAACCCUUUUUCUGCAGCAUGUCGCGUAGUGUCGCUCUAGUAAUUUGAUGUCUCUGAUUGAUGAAAAUGGGACUAUGACGGUUCUGCUUAGUAAGAAAGUUUGGUCUUGAGUCGAGCUGGAGAGGCGUAAUGAAUAUAUGCGCCCUCGAGAUACAGCAGUAGAUGUAGUAGAUAGAGCGAUUCUCCGCUUGUUCGGCUAGCAUAUAGAAUUUUCAAUUUACCCAUCGUACAGAUUCA